AAAAGAAAUCUUGGCUCUGAUCUUAUUGGGUCGAAAGGCGCUUUCCUUUUAUACUUUGGGUAGAUAUGCUUAUGCAGCUGUGAUAAUGACCUAGUCAAGACGUUAUUUUAAGGCAAUAGGAGCAAGGAAACACUUCAAACAUGGGACCGCUCGCCCUUCGUUGCCGGCUUUCCUCGUCUGCCUGUCACCGAUCGCAGCCUGUGGCGCAAAAACUCUCCUCGUCGGAGAAAAACCUGCGUGCCUUCAGCAGCGCAUCUCCGUCAACAAUAUCGAGCUCUACAUCGUCUGCCUCCUCCACCUCGUCCCAUCGUGCCAAGGUCCGAAGCUCGCUCCCCGAACGCUUUACGAAAGAGGAGAAGGCGCGACUCUCCACGUUUUUUGCCCGAGCAACGAUCUGCGCACGGUUACUCCACUCCCGACUGGCCCUCCCGUUGACCUACCCCAUGAACAGCGUCGCGGCGAAGGAAUUCUUGAAGAACGACGGCAACGGGGACGAGAAAACCCAGAAGGUUCUCGAGGAGCAGGAGCAAAUGCUCUCCGCCAUGCGCCCCGCACUGAUAUCCGUAGCUUCCGCGGCGUCUAUUGUGAAAUCGUUGCACGCACUGAAGUACUACCAAGGGAGUCCCGAGCGGGGAUUGGAGCCGGAGCCGGACAAGACCAGGCUGGACUUCCUCCGGCCGCAAAAUUUGCGGCGAAAGAGGAGACAAACGCGGGUCGGCAUGGGCGAUGGCUGGGACGCGUGGGGCAGUGGCAGGACCGCGGACGACGUGAAAAGAAGAUUUGUGGUGGACCUACAGGACGAAGAGGAACAUGGGGGAGCGCAAAAAUAG